UCUUGGAUCGAGAUUGAUUUGGGAGAAGGAUUCGGGCUCAUUCCUACAUGCUAUGAGGUUUAUCAUGGAAAAGCUGAUGGCAACGACGCUUUGAGGAGUUGGAAUUUUCAAGCAAGCCACAAUGAUAGACAUUGGCAGACUCUCAGAGAGCACAGGAACGAUUUCCGAAUCACAGAAGGGUUUCAGAAGAUAACGUCAAGCCUGCAUUACAUCAACGACAUCACGGAACCACUUCGAGCAUUUCGAUACUUCCGUAUCCUUAUGACUGGAAGCAAUUCCAGCGGACGCGAACACUUGUGCAUCUCCAAGGUCGAACUUUUUGGU